GACCGCCGAGAUAACUAUUUUAAUUUUGUUUUUUUUUUUAAGAAAAAUUGGCACUCAAUUCAAUUCCACAAUAACUCUUUCCUCUCAAUUCGUGGGAGCUGCAGCAUCGCUAAAUCUCUGUAAUUUGGUUGUUCCUUUUUUCUGAAUCGUGUGAUUCUCUGGAAACCCCUAAAGAUUUCACUCCGGAAACAGUCUUAUUCAGUUAGGGUUUUGAUUUGAUCCGGGAAGGAACUUGAUUCCGCCUAGUCACGAAGCAUUUUGAUUUGGAAUCCAGUAUUUCUUCUUCUAAUUGAAGAAUUCCCCCGAGAUUUAAGUGUUUGGAUUUGAUCAGAUUGUGGCUUGCUUUUACGUACGAAUUUCGCUUCAUGCUCGUAUAUUGAGUGACACAGAGAGAGAGAGAGAGAGAGAGAGAGAGAGAGAGAGAGGAUGCUGUCGAAUCAUUUGCAGAAUGGGAUGGAGACGGCGAAGUUGAUCUGGUCAAGGGUGCCUAACUCGGAGGUGGAAGCAGAUGGGAUUGCUGCCGGAGAUUUCAGCCGGAUUAACAAGGACGAUGGCGGCACUGUUGAAAGCCUUGACUAUGAAGUAAUUGAAAAUUACGCUUACAGACAGGAACAGGCAAAAAGGGGGAAGGUUUAUAUGGCAUAUAGUGUGGUGGUAAAAUGGCUUAUGGCAUUACUUAUUGGGAUCGGUACUGCACUAGCUGCCGUGUUUAUCAAUCUUUCUGUUGAGAACUUUGCCGGAUGGAAAUAUUCCUGGACAUUCAAUCUGAUUCAGAAGUCAUACUUUGCUGGAUUUUUGGUCUAUACACUGAUCAACUUGGCUCUAGUGUUAUCCUCAGUGUAUAUUGUUACACAAUUUUCACCUGAAGCAGCAGGAUCGGGAAUCCCUGAAAUAAAGGGUUAUUUAAACGGAAUUGACACACAUGGUAUACUAUUGUUCAGGACUUUAGUAGGCAAGAUUUUUGGAAGCAUAGGAUCCGUGGGAGGUGGUUUAGCACUUGGUAAAGAAGGUCCACUUGUGCAUAUUGGCGCUUGUAUUGCUUCCAUGCUUGGACAGGGUGGAUCCACAAAGUAUCAUCUGCGCACUAGAUGGCUACAGAUCUUUACCAGUGAACGAGAUCGGCGUGAUCUUGUCACCUGUGGAUGUGCAGCCGGAGUGGCUGCUGCAUUUAGAGCUCCAGUUGGUGGUGUAUUGUUUGCACUAGAAGAAGUAACAUCAUGGUGGAGGAGUCAGCUCAUGUGGCGUGUCUUUUUCACAUCUGCCAUUGUGGGUGUGGUUGUACGGACAGCGAUGGCGUGGUGUAAGAGUGGAAAAUGUGGACAUUUUGGUUCUGGAGGCUUUAUUAUUUGGGAUAUCUCAGGUGGUCAAGAAGAUUACUCAUUUCAGGAGCUGUUGCCAAUGGCAGUUAUAGGUGUUAUUGGGGGUCUUCUUGGAGCACUGUUCAAUCAACUUACUUUUCAUAUAGCAUACUGGCGCCGAAAUUAUUUGCAUAAGAGAGGGAACCGUGUGAAGGUUAUUGAAGCGUGCAUUGUCUCUUUGAUAACGUCUCUUAUUUCGUUUGGAUUGCCACUCUUUAGAAAAUGCACACCCUGCCCUGAAGCAGAUGCUAAUUCUGGCAUCGAGUGUCCACGUCGCCCAGGGAUGUAUGGGAAUUAUGUCAAUUUUUAUUGCGGUGACAAGGAAUACAAUGACCUCGCAACUAUAUUCUUCAACACUCAGGAUGAUGCAAUCAGAAAUUUGUUCAGUGCUAAAACAAUUCAUGAAUUUAGCGCACAGAGUCUCCUUACGUUUUUGGUCAUGUUUUACUCUUUAGCGGUAGUUACUUUUGGCACUGCUGUUCCAGCUGGUCAAUUUGUUCCUGGCAUAAUGAUUGGCUCUACUUAUGGCCGGCUUGUUGGCAUGUUUGUUGUAAACUUUUACCAGAAGCUGAAUAUUGAAGAAGGAACGUAUGCUCUUUUAGGGGCUGCAUCUUUUCUUGGAGGCUCAAUGAGAAUAACUGUAUCCCUUUGUGUAAUCAUGGUCGAGAUUUCAAAUAACUUGAAGUUUCUACCUCUCAUCAUGUUGGUUCUCCUCAUAUCCAAGGCUGUUGGUGACGCUUUCAAUGAAGGCCUGUAUGAAGAGCAGGCUCGACUAAGGGGUAUUCCUUUAUUGGAAUCAAGACCAAAAUACCAAAUGCGAAAUAUGACAGCGAAGGAGGCUUCUGGAAAUCAACAGGUUGUCUAUUUCCCUCGUGUUGUGAAGGUUGUGGAUGUACUUUCUAUUUUAAGGAGCAACAAUCACAAUGGGUUUCCUGUCAUUGAUCACACAAGAAGCGGAGAGACGCUUGUCAUCGGCCUCAUAUUGAGAAGUCACCUGCUAGUGCUUUUACAAUCAAAGGUCGACUUUCAACACAGUCCUUUACCCUUUAAUUCGAGAGAUGGGCCUGUACCAAUCAGCAGGCACAAUCUAACAGAAUUCGUCAAGCCUGUUUCCAGUAAGGGGAUUUCUAUUGAUGACAUCCACCUAACCCCUGAUGAUCUGGAAAUGUACAUUGACCUUGUUCCAUUUUUGAACCCGUCACCUUAUGUUGUUCCAGAAGAUAUGUCAUUAACUAAGGUAUAUACUUUAUUCCGGCAAUUAGGUUUAAGGCAUGUACUCGUCGUUCCACGUGCUUCUCGUGUUAUCGGAAUGAUUACGAGGAAGGAUUUGUUGAUAGAGGACCAUGAAGAUACAACGACCAUAGAGCUUCAAUCCACUAGUGUAAGGGAUCAUCAAAAUGACAAAAGAGCGUCGAGGAGGAAAGAUGCUGAGCAACCUUUACUUGAUGGUCUUAUCGUCUAAGUUACAACAAGGCCGUUCAUGGCAGUUCGUUUACAUAUGUUGUUCCAAGACCAGGCUUUUUCAGCCUCCUCCAUUCUUUAAACAAGAGGUUCAUUCCUAGUAUCUCGAGAUUCAUUAUAGGUAUGUAGUGUGUUUCUUGUGUUCCCAAUACAUAGAAUAAGACGAAAGUGUCGUAAAAUAGUAAGGGACGAUGAUGGCAUAAGGCGGCGAGGAGUAAUGCGAUACAAGCUGUGGUAUGUGAUUCUUGAUUUGGAAAGAUGCAAACUGUAUCACUUUGUAAUCUGGAGGAUAUUGUACGUAGUUCUGAGUUUAGGCCUUUGUAUAUUCAUAUAUUGAGAUAGGAAGGAUUACAGCUCACAUUUCUCCCUUUUCA